AUGCUACUAUACGAUGGUUUCUUACACAAAAAGGAGCGUAUUGUCGGAGAAAAAACAAUCUGGAAAUGUGCUGAUUACAAUAAGAAUCGCUGCCCAGGAAGGGUGCAUUCGGUGCAACAAGCAGUUGUCCAUAGUACAGCUCAUCUACAUGUCGCUGAUGCCGCCAAAGUUCAAGCCAAAAAAACUGUUGAAAAAAUGAAAAGAAACUCACAACAGAUCGAGCAAUCCACUCAGGCGAUAGUCAAGCAUUCACAGCGGAUGAAUAAUCCUUCCUUACAAGUGUGGAUUAUUUGUGAAAAAGAUGGUGCCAUAAAUUCAGCCCAUUGCACUUGCAUGGCAGGCCAAUCCGAAGUGUGCAGGCAUGUAGCUGCUGUUCUUUAUGGGCUGGAAUAUAUCCACCAGUCUGCCAAGAAUUCCUCCUGUACAGAUGUUAAGGCAAAGUGGCUCAUUCCUUCUAUUACCAAUGUAUCUAUAAUCAGUGUUGGCGAGAUGAAGUUGAAGAGGGAUUCUGCUAAAAACAUUGCUGCAAAGAAUGCAGUCAAGUCUAUCGAGGAUGAUGAAUUUCUUAUACAAUACAUAACACAUUCAGUUCGAGCUGGAAUGAUAAAGGGGGUGAAUGAGGAUGCUGCUGAAAUAAAUGUAGAAAGGAUUGGUGAUGAAACAGAGCUGCAGGAAGAACCAUAUCAUGAAGGGCAUGACGAGAAGCAUGAAGGGGUUCUUGCAACAGACUACAUAGAUACUCAUGAAAAUAUUGCAAAGACAGGCUAUAAUGAAGAGCUUAUAUCCCUUGUCAUGCAAAGGCCACCCUUGUACAACUUCAGGCUUCCUUCAGUACAUAGAUCAAAAUCUAUUGAUGAAAAAUUAUGGAAAGAAAUAUUGACCAUCAUGAAAGUUGAUAUGUCAGUAGAAGCAGUAGCGAAAAAAUGGAAAACUUUAAGGGAUUCCUAUGUGAAGAUAAGGAGUGAAAUAACAAAGAAGCCACCAAGUGGAUCUGGGUGUUGUACUAGUGAUAGUAAAAAAAUUUGA